CUAAGGACUCUGAACAAAGGUCUCGGGUAGGGCUCCUCAGAACUUCCGGGGCUGGCCCACUGCCUCUCCCCAAGGCCGGUCCCCUGCCUUUGGCCGUGCAGACAUACCUUCUCUCAGCACCAUGGAGCACCUGUCGGCAGCCCUGGAGUCCACCUCCAAGAAGCCCCACGGGGCAGGCCAGGUGGGAGACCCCAAGCACGCCCCCGACAAAGUCGAGGGAGCUGAUAACCCGAAGCACGGCCACGGCCACGGCCACGGCCCCGGCCCCGGUCCCGGUCACGGUCACGGUCACGUUCACGGUCACGGUCACGGCCACGGCCCCGGUCCCGGUCACGGUCACGGCCACGGCCCCGGUCCCGGUCACGGUCACGGUCACGGCCACGGAAGCUCCUCAGGUUCCGGCAGCGGCUCCAGCGACUCAGAAAAUGAGGCGAAGCCCAGCGCUGCCGUUUCCGAGCUGUACAAAAGCGCCCCGGGCAAGGUCAAGAAGCCCAAGGUGAAAAAGGAGAAGAAGAAGGAGGAGAAGAAGGAGGGCAAGAAGAAGGAGGGGAAGGAGGCUUCCCACUGACGGGCCUCUCCGGGGCUCAUUAAACCUUCUCUCGGCC